CCUACUAAUAAGAUUAGAUUUAGUCCUAACAAGCGACAUCGUGGCGAAAGAAGUUGGCCAGCACGACUGUCAAUAUGAUGCAAAUAACAGACUUUCAGAAAAUUGGUGUUGGCCUGACUGGAUUUGGAGUAGCAUUCCUUUUCCUUGGUGUCCUGUUUUUCUUUGAUAAAGGUUUACUGGCGAUUGGAAAUAUACUCUUCAUAUGUGGACUAGCAUUUGUUAUUGGUUUGGAAAGAACUGUGAAAUUUUUCUUUCAAAAACAUAAACUGAAAGCAACAGGAUUUUUCAUUGGUGGAAUCAUGGUAGUUCUGAUUGGCUGGCCAGUGAUUGGAAUGUGUGUGGAAAUGUAUGGAUUUUUUCUCUUAUUCAGUGGGUUUUUUCCAGUUGUUAUUAAUUUUUUACGACGUGUUCCAGUCCUUGGAAGUUUAUUAAGUCUGCCAGGAAUACGAUCGAUUGCAGACAAACUAGGGGAAUCCAACUCGAUGAAUAACCUGGCAUAAGUAGGCAGACAGACGAUAAAUACCUAUAUCAUCAGGUGAUUUGGGAUGACGAUUUCUAAAAGAACAGAGAUAUCAUCAAGCUUAAUCGUUGUUACUUACAGAGAUUGAAGUACAUUUGUAUAAGGUUUAAUUUUAUUAGGUAUUAGAAUGCAGCUUGUAAUCAAUAUGCAGGUAUUAUUAACUAUCAUCCGUUCAUUAGUAUUUGCAAUCUGAUUAAAGAUAAAAAAUUGCCUUUUAUUUGUAAUAAAAUCCAAUUAUGUUCAAUGAAAUUUGAUAAUAUGUAGUUGUACAAACUCUAACAUAUCUAAAUAUUUACAUUUGUUAGCAAGUUCUGGUCAGCUUGGUUUGAUGGAGAGACUGGUGUAUUGCUACUUUCCUUGUGUAUGUUAUCGUUUACAUCUUUCAUGUUAUUGAUAAUUUUUGUAUAUUUAUUGCUAUCUUCAAUAACAAUGGUAAAAUCAAAUUAAUGUUAAAAUGUUGUGAACGAGUAGCUUUUCUGUCUUACUAAAAGAUAACCGUUCAUAAAAACACAUUUUUAUUUGUAUCUAAUAUAUACAAAUGGAUUACCAUUCUCAAAUCAAACCCUUUCCCGAGGAUAACUUGCGGUUGUAUAUGAUGGUAGUGAUUUAUUCGCUUAUUUUGAAAGUUUUAUUUUAUUUCACCAGACUGUUUUCCCGAUCAAUAAUCGCAGUAGAACAUUUACCACUUAAAAAUGCUUGUUAUACAUAUAACAAUAAGAAGUAUUACACGCGAGUGUUUUCCAUUCGGAAACUGCUUGGGAUCGUUCGUUUUACCGAUUAUGGACUGGGUACAAUAAUGAUGGACAGAAAAUUGAAAUUAUGACGUAAAUCCCUGAUCGGUUUCUGAUUACUUUGUCGUAGACAAAUAUGUUCCUUGCAAUUGACUAAAAUCAUUUGUUUAGAAUGUAGAAUCCAACAAUUAUAGAAACAUCAUUAGUUCCGUUCAAGACAAUGCAAUAUGCUUAAUGGACAUUUUAAGUGGGAUGCAUUUCAUCCUAAAUUAUGAUGUAAUCAUCGGUAAUGUUAAAACAUACUCUAAAUAUGUAUUAAGUUAUGGUUGGAAAUAGAAUCAAAUUUCCAAACUGAUACACGUAUUUGCACGUAUUUGCACGUAUUCAUGUAUAAGAUGGAGCAAAAUUGAAUUAAAGGCUUUGAUUCAACA